AUGGAGACGAAGGCGGUUACAGGAGGAGAAGACAAAGGCGGUUACAGGAGGAGAAGACAAAGGCGGUUACAGGAGGGGGAGAGAAAGACGCUAAGAAGGCUCCGGAGCUUCGCAAAGAAGGAGACUCGAUCAAUCAGUGAGUUUGCGGACGAUUUGUUGCUGAAGAUGCUACACCGUCUCCCUAGCAAAAACGUCGUAGCCACGAGCGUCUUAUCAAAACGGUGGCGAUCUCUAUGGAAAGAGGUGAACAGGUUCAGUUACGACGGCGGCACAGUAGGCAGAGAGUACUGGAGGUUCGCACUGUUCAUCAGCAAGCUCUCAAACCUAGAGAGCUUGGAUCUCAAGAUCAGCCCCUACCGCACGAACAAAUUCAUCAACUAUUUGGUUAACAUGAGAAAGCUCAGAGUCGACAUGGUUUGCAGCUCCUUUGAGCUGCCCAAAAGCUUGUUUAAAAAUGUGAUGGUGUUCACUAUUGAUGUGCCUACGCUUAGGAGAUUAUGUAUUGAUAACACUUGUGGGAAGUCUCGGCCUGAAGGUGUUCAUGGGUUUGUGAUUACAACACCUUCUUUGAGAUGGUUUAGCAUUAGAGACAGGUUUAGUAAUUAUUUGAAGUUUGAAGAUAUGCCUGAGCUGGUUAAGGCGAGUGUUAGUGUUGUUUGUGAGUCCCAACCUGAGAUGUUUCUAGGAUGUCUUGCCUCCACUCAUCUCAAUGACGCUCCUAGGCUUCGAGUUCUCAAGCUCAAUUUGUUUCGGAAGCACUGUGUCCAGUCGUGGAACCAACCAAGUUCUGUUCCUGAAUGCUUAUCUUCUCAUCUUGAGAUCUUGGAGUGGAGACAAUACAAGGGCACAGAGACAGAGAUAGAAUCUGCAAAGUACAUUCUAGCCAAUGGGAGUCGUCUAAAGAAGGCAACAUUCUACUCAUAGUCCGCAGAGAAGCGUGGGAUGUUGAAGGUUAGAAUGUGUGGCCAGAGAUUCUUGCACGUUAAGCGCUUCAGCUGGUAAUAACUUGGAAUCAUGUGUCUAAUAUUUUCUGUCUUUCUACGUUUCUCAACAAAACGAAAACGUUCCUUCAGAGUAGAAUGAUAACAUAUGAAUGGUAAAUUACCUUUUGAUGCGAUGUAAUAUCUAACCUUCCUCGUAAAAUAAUAACUUGGAGGAAUGAUGUCUUAUUUCUUCGUCUUCUAUGGGUCUUUAUCUUUUCUUAUUUAUCAACAAAAUGAAAAACAUUACUUAAAGAAUGAUCACACUAAUGGUAAUAUCUAACCUUCCUGUGUUUAGCACGAGAUCAUUGGGAGGGACUCUCCUUAAAACAGAUUGGCGUUUGACUCUGUUCUUGACGUUUGAUGUUGUUGCUUGUUUAUGGACCAACAUGUUGGUAACACGAGAAAUGAGAAAACAAAACUUCAUAGACGGACGAUUAAAUGCGGAAAACAACAUUCUUAUUGACGUCAUCAUCAUGAACAUCUCUAUCCUCAGAAUCAUCAUCACACAACUAAAACCCUCUGCAGAACUUAGACCCUUCCUUGUUGGUUACAAUCUCUAUCACACAAGUACUCCACCUCCAGUUCUUCAAAAAUUAUUUAGUGUUGUCUUCUUCUUCCUUGUUCAGGUGCUUCAUCACAGUUUCACCCAUUGAACUAUUCUUCAUCACACAUGUUUUGAUAUCAAACAUAUUUGACUGAACCGGCAAGUAUCAGCCUAGCUACGUUAGGCUGGCUUGUCGUCCAAGGAUUGAUGUAGUACUGUCUGCCCCGAGACGAGAAUGUUAUGCUCUUCCGUGACUCUUUUGAAGCUCAGCAGAAGACUUGUGAAUGCACAAGUAUGGCGCUUAAAACAGUUUGGCGAUUGACUCUGUUCCUGAUGUUUGAUGUGGUUUCUUGUUCUGAACCGGUGUUGGAAUUGAGAACCCGGUUUAUCUAUUCUAUUAAAACAGCAGUGUGACCCAUUGAUAAAAGUAGGGUCCAACUUUUUAUUUUUAAGAAAACUGAUUUUCCUAUAUAACUGCAUCUAUUAUAUCAACAAUAACCACGUUCUAUUUUUCUAUAACAAAACUGUUACUUUUCUUCCUGUAUAAACCAGUUGGAUUAUUAGUUUUUGAUCCUACACAUGAUUUCUCAUGAUCAUCCGAUAUGGAAGGCCGGGGCAAACAAAACGGUUAUUGAAAAAAAAUAUGAGAACUUGGAGAAUAUACACAGAGAACAAGUUCCACUAAAAACCAAAAGGAAGAGUAGAUCGGCCACUAAAUCGGAUUGCUCUUUGUUCGAAUUAGGUUCAGUAUACACUUUUUUUGGCAUCGUUUUAGUAUACGUAACCUAUUUGUUAUUGUUAACCAUGGAUGUUUGUCUUAAACGAAUCAUCAAUUUUUUUCUUUUUUGGUUUCUAGAAGUAAAAAUUCAGUAUUAUAUGUCAAAUCUGCAAGAUUUAAGCAUAAAAAUCAACAAAAACGCAUAACAAUCGAUGGAUAUUAAAAGAAAAACAAUGGCUGCUCUAAAACUCUGUUCUGCGAAACCUAAUUCGACUAGGGAAGAAGAUAAGGAAAAUUACGUUUAUGCCAUUAGUGAAAAAAAAUGAAAAACACAAAGGGAGCGAUUCGAACACGGGAUAAUGCAACGGGUGUAUGCUUUAUUUCCACUAGGCCGCAUAGCUUUCCUUUUCAGUUUAUAUUACUAACCGGUUAUCAUAUUUUUUUUUUUAACGCUGAUUUAUUAUAAUCUUACAAUUAUGAUAUAGGAAAGAUUACAUAGACGAUUCGACAACCGACAAUACUACCUACCGGUUAUCAUAUAUAUCCAUAUAUAUAUAUAUAUAUAUUGAUCAGAUUUGUUUUAUAAAUCACAAUAUAAAUCGUGAUUACAAAUCGUGAUUAGCUGUAUAUCUUCUUUUACCCAUGUAAAAAAAUAAGAAUAGAUUAAAACACAAGAAAAAUA